AUGGGGCUGGAUGUCCUUGCCUCCACCUCAACUGCCACCAUUGUGUCUGUUGACGCUGAUGGUCAACAUGUCCAGUUGGAUUCACGGGUUGCUGAUGUUUGUGAGGGUAGCUACACAGUCCAAGGAGCGCCGGCUCAGCUCUUCAAUUUGGAUGGCUCUACAUGCAGCCUUCACACUGACUUCCUCCUUCGCCCUGGUCAUCAGGUACAGCACCAAUGUGUCCUGGCCUCGACUUCAGCCAUUCAUCAUGCACUUCAUCAACAUUGGUUGACACGUUGGGGACGACCACCUGAUCUUGCUCCAGAGCCCUGGCAAAAGGUUGCUACCUUUCUGGAAGCUUACCUGCCGUCUAGGCCAUUGCAAAUGCCUGCUCUUGAGCCGCAUCUUGAUGCCACUGUGCAGAAGUUCACGAUCAAGUCUGCCCGUGGUAUUGAUGGCUUUGACUCUGCCGAUCUUCAGCGUAUGCCACUGAGUUUGACGGUGGGUGUAGUCUCUGACGUCCAGCGGGCUUUUGAUACUGUACCACGAUGGCCAAUCCUUCGCAUUGCCUUGCACUUGGGCUUGCCGUUGGACUUUGUG